AUGGGAAUGAUCCGAGAGGUUUGGCGCUCAAACUUCGAGCAAGAAAUGGAAAGCAUCUUACACAGCUAUCCUCGUAUUUCUUUAGAUACUGAAUUUCUAAGUUUUCUGCAUAAUACACCAAGAAAUGCAACAGAAACAGAGCGCUAUGAAAAUAUCAAGUUCAAUGUGAACAACUUGAAGCCCAUCCAGUUCGGUCUCACAUUCAUUGAUGUAUACAGAAAUCUCCCUCACUCUGGUGGUGUUUGGCAAUUUAAUUUUGCCGAUUUUGAUCCUACCAUCGACCUUCACGUGACUGAAUCCAUCUAG